AUGGCUCGAGAGGAACCUCCCCUACCUGCCCGUGUCGGCCAAGACGCAGCUAGCCAUGGCUCUGCUCGACCACCUGCCGACCUCUGUCGUGGCCAGAUCGCCGAACGGCUACAUCCUCGCCUAUACAUCAACUUUAUCCAAUACCUCCCGCCCGAGGUGUGCCUUAAGAUCCUCGGAUACCUCGACCCCGUUUCUUUGCUCGGCGUUGCCCAAUCGUGCCGCGAGUGGUACAGCCUGGCACUGGACCGGAAGCUUUGGGAGAAAUUAUACCACAUGGAAGGCUGGCAGGCGCUGUAUCCUGAGAUUCGCGCUUGGGAAGACAGGAUGAACGAGAACGCCAAGAGCAUGAGCUCUUCCGUCAGCUCACACCACCAUGUGGUCGUGUCUGAAGACGGCCACACCUGUAAGAAGCGUGGCAUCUCAGAGGACGAUGAUCAGGAAAUGGUUGACGCGGACCGUUUGCCGAGGCCCGAAGGCGCUUUUGCGGGCGCUGGUGGCAGUAUAUUUGGCACCCCCGGAUCAGUCCCCACGCUGUCUUCAAGCAGCCGCGGCGACAUGGAUGUGGAUGCGUCAAGAUCAUCUUCUAAAAGCGGAGGGGUUGGCCACAGCCCUGCCCGCGAUGUUAAAGGAAAGGGCAGGGCAGUUGAUUCGGUGGAUGAUCUAUCCCGCGACACAACACCUACGCCACCUUCUUUUCUCUCAAAGCCGUCUCUCUGGUCAUGGGACCCUUCCCAGAGUCGAUACAAGUUGAACUGGAAGCAUGUCUACACGCUGCGACGGAAACUGGAGGCCAACUGGGAGCAGGGGAAGUUCACAAACUUUCAGCUCCCUCGCCCCGACCAUCCAGAGGAGGGGCACCAGGAGUGCAUCUACACACUGCAGUUUGACGCGCACUACCUUGUCAGCGGCAGUCGCGAUCGGACGAUUCGCAUAUGGAAGAUGAGUACGCGGCGCUUGCUACGGGCUCCGCUCAAGGGACACGAAGGUUCGGUUCUGUGCUUACAGUUCGAUGCCGAUCCCGAGGAAGAUCUCAUUGUUUCGGGGAGUAGUGACUCCAAUGUUAUCCUCUGGCGCUUCUCGACUGGCGAGAUCAUUCAACGUUUGACUAAGGCGCACUCUGAGUCUGUUCUCAACGUCAAGUUUGACAAGAGGAUUCUUGUAACCUGCUCCAAGGACAAGUCUAUCAAGAUCUUCAACAGGAGGCCGCUCAAGUAUGGCGAUUUGGGAUACCCUAAUGGGGUGAAUCCUGUGCCUAUUCGCAUUCGAGACAACAGGUACGGCAAUCCUACUGACGACCUACCCAUCAUCGCCCCGUACACCAUGAUAGGCCGUCUCGAUGGCCAUGGUGCAGCUGUCAAUGCUGUGCAAAUUCACGGAAACGAGGUUGUCUCCGCAAGUGGUGACAGGAACAUCAAAGUGUGGGACUGGGCGAAACAGGUCUGCACCAGAACCGUCGUCGGUCACACCAAGGGCAUUGCAUGUGUGCAGUACGAUGGGCGCCGAAUCGUGAGCGGCAGCAGCGACAACGAGGUCAAGGUUUUCGAUUGUUUGACCGGCCUAGAAGUGGCCAGCCUUCGGGCUCACAGCCACCUGGUCAGGACCGUGCAGGCGGGGUUCGGUGACCUGCCCUACAGUGAGAUCGAGGACAAAGCCGAGGCCAAGAAGAUUGACGAGCAGUAUUUCAAAGCCCUUGAGUCCGGGGCAAUUGAGGCGCCUGUAGGCCCAGGGUCUCACCGCACGCGGCCCCGUAACGCAGGCAGCAGUCGGCCCGAAGACAUCACAGCAUACGGAGCCACCUUGCCCCCCGGGGGCGGCGGCGGCAAAUACGCUCGUAUCGUUUCGGGCUCAUACGACCAGAAGAUCAUCAUCUGGCGGCGUCUGAAAGAAGGGGAAUGGGUGGUGCUUCAUCGUCUGCGUCAAGAAGAGGCCGCUGAAGCUGCACAAAGCUGGGCGGCAGCCUCCGGCUCUAUCCCCGUGCCAGCGCCGGCCUCUACAGUACCCGUACCGGCGGCAGUGCCCCCACCAGCGCACCCACCAGCACCGAUACUUGCCAACUUCAGUUCGCACCAGCCCUUUCCACCGAGGGCCUCCACUCCAGGGUCUGCUGCUCCGCCUCAGGCCGGCACGGCGCAGAGUCAGAAUACGCCCUCAAGGACAACGGUCGAGACUCCGAUUAUCGCAACAAUCACACCCGAAUCCGCGUCAUCUUAUAUGGCCAUGAUCGACAUGGUCGUGCCGCAAGGGGCUCAGGCGCUGCAUCAAGCCCUGGCAAAUUACCCUACCAUGUUGGUAUACCACACGCACAUACAAGCUGCUAUCACAAGGGAGCCGUCACCAGUCACUCGAACAAACAUGCGACAAGUCGUUGCACAGGCUCUACAUCAGACGCAGGAGGCCCAGGCGCGCACACGCUUAGCUUCCGUCCAGAACAUGACAGGCCAACUGAUGACACCCACUUUGCCCCCACUUGCUUCUCUCGCAGGCACAUCUUCGUCGACAUCAGUCCAGGCAGUAGCUGGCUCUUCGACUGCGAGUACAUCAGCCGCAGCGCCAAGCCGUAGCAGCAGUCGUCCUUUUGACCCUGCGCGACACCUGGAGAGGCACUCUGAACCACCUCAGGGCGCAAUGGCCACGGCGCAGAAUGCUGGGCGAGCCCCCUCUUCACAACUCAGCUACCCACCCCCACCGCAGCAAGUACAGGGUCACCUUCACAUUCAGGGACAUGGAGCACCGCCCCAAGCUCACCAGCAACAUCCCGGCCCACCUUCAGCUCCCGUUCAGCAUCACUCCACUCCAGUUCCACAGGCGCAUACUCAUGCACAGGCUGCCCAGGAUCAACCAACGCAACCGCAGACACAGCCAGUACUUCCGCAACCGACCGCCCCGCCGGCAAACAACCCGCAGCAGGCGGCAGACCCCCAGGCCCCGCACCACCCCCACAUUCAUGCGACAGAAGGCAGCCCGGCGCGGGUGUUCAAGCUGCAGUUUGACGCUCGUCGCAUCAUCUGCUGCAGUCAGACGAGUGUGAUUGUUGGAUGGGACUUCUGCAAUGGGGACGCAGAGCUGGAGGAAGUAUCACGCAUGUUCGGGACGAUUGAAUGAGGUGGCGAGCGUUCGUUAAGUGU